CGUAUCGUCUUCACAUAUAGCAAAAAAGAUGUGCCAGUUUACAUCUUCCUGCAAAUGUGAUGAUGAUGAUUCAAAUAUUCCUUCCCUUCUUUCAAUCAACGCCUCUAAAGGGUCAUUCAAUGUUUACGAAUCUUUAAUCCCAAAAUCCCCGACAAUCCAUACACAAAAAAAGCUAGGCAGUCUUUUUUCUGUUUCCCUUGCAGUGAAAGAAGCCAUCUCCAUAGCUAAUAUUGCUUUCCCUAUGAUCCUAACCGGUCUCAUGUUAUACUCCCGUUCAUUGAUUUCCAUGUUAUUUCUCGGCCGACUCGGUGAACUUGCCUUGGCUGGUGGUUCACUCGCCAUUGGCUUUGCCAAUAUCACUGGUUAUUCUAUUCUUUCAGGUCUUGCUAUGGGGAUGGAGUCCAUUUGUGGUCAAGCUUUUGGUGCUAAAAAAUAUACCCUUUUAGGUAUCACCUUACAAAGGACAGUGCUUUUGUUGCUUGCUUCAUCAUUGCCUAUUUCUGUUUUAUGGAUGAAUAUGAAGAAAAUACUGAUAGUCUGUGGUCAAGAUGAAAGUAUAGCUAAUGAAGCACAACGGUAUCUUGUUUAUUCAGUCUCUGAUCUUUUAGCUCAAUCUCUUUUACACCCAUUGAGGAUUUAUCUCAGAACCCAAUCAAUAACUCUCCCUUUAACAUGUUGUGCCAUUUUGUCUAUUCUUCUACAUGUACCCAUCAAUUACUUUCUUGUAACACACCUUAAAUUAGGCAUCAAAGGGGUUGCACUUAGUGGGGUUUGGACCAAUAUCAACCUAGUUGGUUCAUUGAUAAUCUAUAUCCUUUACUUUGGUGUCCAUAAAAGAACAUGGGGAGGGUUUUCAAUGGAGUGUUUUAAAGAAUGGAAAUCUUUACUGAAUUUAGCCAUUCCAAGCUGUAUUUCGGUCUGUCUUGAAUGGUGGUGGUACGAGAUUAUGAUCCUUUUAUGUGGUUUACUUUUAAACCCCAAAGCAACAGUUGCUUCAAUGGGCAUUUUGAUUCAAACAACAGCAUUGAUAUACAUAUUCCCAUCUUCAUUAAGCUUCAGUGUAUCAACAAGAGUCGGCAAUGAACUCGGUGCUAACCAGCCCAAAAAAGCCAAACUCGCCGCCUUUGUAGGCCUAAACUGUGGAUUCAUUCUGGGCUUAUCAGCACUCCUUUUUGCUGUACUGGUGAGAAACAUAUGGGCUACCAUGUUUACAGCCGAUAAAGAUAUCAUUGCAUUAACUUCACUUGUUUUACCUAUAAUCGGCUUAUGUGAACUCGGCAACUGCCCACAAACAACCGGGUGCGGCGUUCUUCGAGGCACAGCAAGGCCUAAAUACGGUGCUAAUAUAAACUUGGGUUGUUUUUACCUUGUUGGUAUGCCGGUUGCUGUAUGGUUAGCUUUUUUUGCUGGUUUUGAUUUUAAAGGGUUAUGGCUUGGAAUGUUGGCAGCUCAAGUGUCGUGUAUGGCCACUAUGUUACUGGUUUUGGUUCGAACAGAUUGGGAUUUUGAAGCUGAAAGAGCCAUGAAACUGACCGGAACUCAAAUGGCUGUUGAUGAUGAUGAUGAUGACAGCAAAUUACACGAGAAUCCACACCAAGCACAAAUCAAGCAGGAUUCUAUUUCUUUAUUAGAGGAUUUGAGUCAUUAUUGCCUAGUUUAAUUUAACCUUUUUUUUUUUUUAAUUUUAUAUAUUUACCUUGUAUAGAUUAAGGUAAAAAAAAGAUUC